AGGCCCGUAUAAGCCCAAGAUGAGGCGGGAACGGGGUACCGACUCAUCAUCACUACACGAGCUGAGAAACUUUAGGUGAGUGAGAUCCACCGGAAUCAAUCAGGUCUGCAAAUUCACUAGAUUUCUGACAAAUCCAAAUCUGAAUCCGAUCGCCGGAGACGAAUUUCAAUCAUCUAGAUCUUCACGAUUCAAUUCUUCAUUUACAGUCACCGAAGUUUCCAAUUCAAUCAAAGUUACGUACAAAUUACAAUCAGUUCGAUCGUAAAAUCAACAGAUCUGACGAACUUCAAUCAUCUCAGAUCUUCAUGAUUCGACGAUUACCGUCACUGAAGAUAUUGAAUUCGACCGAAGUUAUGUACAAAUUACAAUUAGUUCGAUCGUAAAAUCAACAGAUCUGACGAACUUCAAUCAUCUCAGAUCUUCAUGAUUCUACAAUUACAGUCACUGAAGAUAUUGAAUUCGAUCGAAGUUAUGUACAAAUUACAAUUAGUUCGGUUGUGAAAUCAACAGAUCUGGCGAACGUAGUAGGAUUAAGAGCUAGGUCGUCGUUGAAGCAAGACCUAAUUGGCGACGAAGACGACGAGGAUUUCCGGCCGUGGCGUCGCCGGUUGUUAUCGGCCAUGAAAUUGAAGGUUUCGUUCGCCUUCACGUGGUCGUCUGUUGUACGCACCUCUGUGUUGCUUUUGCUUCUUGCUGCUUUUGGUUUUGCGUGUUACUCUCUUCCGGUAGAGAAGAUUUUGAAGAACUUUUUGUUGUGGAUUAAGGAGGAGUUGGGUCCUUGGGGUCCACUUGUUCUUGCCCUUGCGUAUAUCCCUCUUACGGUGUUUGCGGUUCCGGCUUCAGUGCUUACGCUUGGAGGGGGAUAUCUCUUUGGACUGCCAGUAGGAUUUGUUGCUGAUUCUAUUGGUGCGACCCUUGGUGCAACGGCUGCUUUCCUUGUUGGCAAAACGAUAGGGCGGUCUUAUGUCACUUCUAAGUUAAAGAAAUAUCCCAAGUUUCAGGCUAUAGCUAUUGCAAUACAGAGAUCCGGCUUCAAGAUUGUUUUGCUGCUUCGUUUUGUUCCGUUGCUUCCAUUUAACGUCUUGAAUUAUCUGUUGUCUGUUACUCCUGUUCGCUUAUGGGAAUAUAUGUUGGCCACUUGGCUGGGGAUGAUGCCAAUUACAUUUGUGUUCGUGUAUAUCGGAACAACUCUCAAGGACCUUUCUGAUGUUACUCAUGGAUGGCAUGGGAUAUCAAAAACUCGUUGGAUGUUUAUGGCUUUAGGCCUCACAAUAUCAGUGAUGAUGAUAGUUUACAUCAUUAAAGUUGCAAAAGCUUCUCUGGAAAAAGCUCUGGCUGAAAACGGUGGUAUAGACGGUAUAGAUUUAGAUUCACCCGGGCUGCCUAUUAUAAACGAUUCAGCACUCGGUCUCCAUAGACCUUUGAUAACUACAAUGGACUCAACUGUAGACGAUCUCGUUUGAUUCACGCUCUUCUGUCGUUGUAAAUUCUUUCCCUUUUUAGAAUAAGGUAAGAUAGAAAAGUUACCAAAAUGAACACCAAGAACACAAUCAAAAAAUUAUAUAAAAAAACAAAAGGAAAUCUUAACUACCUUAUUAUAAACAAAAAGGUGACUGAGAGUUAACUUUGCUUUUUUACGAUUAGUAGCUGACCUGCCUUUUUUCUUUGGAGCGGGCGAUGGGGAUUGAUCAAGCCCAACGGUUGAUGGUAGAAUGGUAGUAUGCUUAGGCGCUUAGGAUAGGCGAUUCGUUUUGUACUUUAUAACAGCUAAAGCAAUAUGUAGAAGUGUUUAUCCGGAUAUCACAGUUCUUUUAUCCGGAUAUCACAGUUCUUCACUAAAAUGUGGUUUUGUAUCGAACGACUUUUUAUAUAUAUUAGUUAUUUUAUUUUAUUAGAAGAAA